AUGAAAGUUGCACAAGUGACUAGUUGGGGUACAGCACCGCAAUGUCAGACGGUCCCAGACCUCCCACCUCCUUCGCCUACGCAGGUGCAGCUCAGCGUGCUGGCCGUGGGCGUACCGCGCGUGGUACAGCUUCGCGCCACGGGAAAACACCCCAGCGUGUCUGCCUCCCCCUUACCAUUCGACCCCAGCAUCGAUGGAGUUGGCCGCGACGAUGCGACAGGUGACCUGUUCUUCAUUCACCCACUCGCCGCUCCUCUGCUGGCCGAGCGCGCCAAUGUCGAGCGCCAUCAGCUCGUCAAGCUCUCACCCGGAGCGGACCCAGUCGGCGUAGCUGCCCUCGCCAAUCCCAUGUCCAGUAGCUGGAUAGCGCUUCGUCGGCGUGCUAUUGGUGGCUGCGUGGGUCGCACCGUGCUCAUUCUCGGUGCCACCAGUGCUAGCGGGCGUGCUGCCGCUAUCGUGGCCCGCUUCCUGGGAGCUUCUCGGAUUGUUGGGCUUUCCCGACGCGAGGACACACUGGCCACCGUAGAUGGCCUUGACGAGCGUGUGCCUUUACGCGAAAAGUUUGUCUUACCCCAAAGCGUCGGACCGGUUCACAUCAUCCUAGACUAUGUCGGCGGGUCCGCUGCGGCAGGUGUGCUGCAGAGUGCCGAGGUGGCACCGGGAGGGAACCUGCAGUACAUUCAGGUUGGGGGACUUGCAAGCGAGGAUACCCACAUGCUGCAGCUUAUUCCGCCCUACUUGAUCAACGUCAAGCCCGUUUGCAUCAUGGGAUCUGGGCUGGGAAGUGUUCGCCUGCAGGACCUCAUGGAUGAGAUGCCGGAUAUGGUGGGUGCCAUGAUGCAGAUGCAACCCCCGUUCGAGAUUGAAACGGCCUCGUUAAGCAGUCUGCAGUCGGUCUGGGACUCGGCAAACACCUCUAAAAGACUGGUUGUGGUGCCGACUGCCAACGAAUGA